ACAAUAAGCCGAUAGAGUAAGCACAAAAGAAGUUUUCAACAUGUCGUCGUUGAAUGACAGAUCAGUUUGGGAUGAGGUGGAGGAUGGGAUUGGGGAGGAGGUCCUCAAAAUGUCCACUGAAGAAAUUGUUCAGAGGACGCGUCUUCUGGACAGUGAAAUCAAGAUCAUGAAGAGUGAAGUGCUAAGGGUGACCCAUGAGCUUCAAGCUAUGAAGGAUAAGAUUAAGGAGAACACAGAGAAGAUCAAAGUCAACAAGACCCUGCCUUACUUGGUCUCCAAUGUUAUUGAGCUUUUGGACGUAGAUCCCAAUGAUCAGGAGGAAGAUGGAGCCAACAUUGAUCUGGACUCACAGAGAAAGGGGAAAUGUGCAGUCAUCAAGACCUCUACAAGACAGACAUAUUUUUUGCCGGUCAUCGGUUUGGUGGAUGCUGAGAAGUUGAAGCCAGGGGACCUUGUGGGUGUAAACAAGGACUCCUACCUGAUCCUGGAGACCCUCCCCACUGAGUACGACUCUCGAGUCAAGGCCAUGGAGGUAGACGAACGCCCAACUGAGCAGUACAGCGACAUUGGAGGCCUCGAUAAACAGAUCCAAGAGUUGGUGGAGGCCAUUGUGUUGCCUAUGAACCACAAAGAGAAGUUUGAGAACCUGGGCAUCCAGCCGCCAAAGGGGGUGCUGAUGUACGGACCCCCAGGGACAGGAAAAACUCUGCUGGCCAGGGCCUGUGCUGCCCAGACAAAGGCUACCUUUUUGAAGUUGGCUGGCCCCCAGCUGGUCCAGAUGUUCAUUGGUGAUGGUGCCAAGUUGGUCCGCGAUGCUUUUGCUCUGGCCAAAGAAAAGGCCCCAUCCAUUAUUUUCAUUGAUGAACUGGAUGCCAUUGGAACCAAACGGUUUGACAGUGAGAAGGCUGGCGAUCGUGAGGUGCAGAGGACCAUGCUGGAGCUUCUCAACCAGCUGGACGGGUUCCAGCCCAACAUGCAAGUCAAGGUCAUCGCAGCUACAAACAGAGUGGACAUUCUGGACCCUGCUCUGCUUCGUUCUGGACGUCUUGACCGCAAGAUUGAGUUCCCAAUGCCCAACGAGGAGGCGCGUGCUCGUAUCAUGCAGAUCCACUCCCGCAAGAUGAACGUCAGUCCUGAUGUGAACUAUGAAGAGCUGGCCAGGUGCACAGAUGACUUCAAUGGUGCCCAGUGCAAAGCUGUGUGUGUUGAGGCUGGUAUGAUAGCGCUUCGCAGGGGAGCUACUGAGCUUAACCACGAGGACUACAUGGAGGGCAUUCUGGAGGUUCAAGCCAAAAAGAAGGCCAACUUGCAGUACUACGCCUGAGCCAAAGGGUGGCAUUCUCUAUCUGUAUCUGUGUGUGUGUUUGCAUUUGUACGAGUGUGUGUGUGUGUGAGCGAGAGAGUGAGAGAGAGAGUUAGAGUGAGUGAGAGAGUGAAGGGGGGGGACAAGGUGUGUCAAGCAACCAGGUGUCACUUGUAUGAGCGGAUAACUGGUCCUUGAAUUGAUAUUUUAUAACCUUGUGGGGUAGUUUCCUCUCUUGUGCAUGACACAAAAGUGAUUCAAAGUGCAUCAGUCUUUACUGUAUUCAGACUGGGCUGCCUUGAAAGUGACUGGUAUGCCAUCACACUAGUCCUUCCAUUAAUUACAAAAAAACAAAACAAAAUAAAACAUUUUUCAUUGUUA